GAACGCGACUCUUGUCACUUUCGAUCUUCCCUGGCUUCCACUACGCGCCAUGUCCAUUCACGUGCACACUGCUGGAUUAGCUGCUACAACCGCGCCUUGAACCGAGCUGUUCAUUCCAAUACUUGCUUGUCAACAUGGCGGAGAAUAACGCGCUGCCGGCCAACAUGGACCUGGAUGCCAUCCUCCGGACACUUGCCAGUCUCUCGAAGCCCGAGGAGCAAGGACAGCAUCAGCCUCAGGACCAAUACGUGCCACAACAACAACCCGCGGCAGAUCCUCGCUUGGCCGGACGCUCAUUCCAACCUCAGCCCAUCCCAAAGCCUCAAGUGCGCUCGUCCACGCCCCUGAUCGAUCCUGCAACUAUCAUCGACUGGAAGCAGGGUUUGCGAUGCGUUAGCAAAAUCGCGGCACAAAACCCGCAAUUCACAAUCACAGUGCGCAAGCUAAUCAAGGACCAAGAGGGUAACGUGAGGCAGUGGGAAGCCGGUCGAACGCGCCUCAUCGAAGAGCAUGUUCUAAAGAAGGAGAAUGAACAAACACAUCGAGCUGCAUUAUCUCUGCCAGGUCUUUUGGAGAACACACCUCUCCUUCGGACUCCGGAGCGUGAACAGGAAGAGCUUACACAAUACGAUGCCAAGGUCUACCGGGCUAGCAAAGCAAUGGUGGAGUCGCAGACGUCAGCGCUGAAAGUACUUGGAGUGCCGUUCUUUGGUGUGCGGCCGCACCUGCUGGCCAGCGAGGACGAGACGAUUGCUACGAAUGCAGAUGAAAGUCCCAUGAAGAUCUCACAAAGCCAGGUCUUGGAGCUCCAGCGAAGGAUGCUAACCCACUUACUGGACCUGUAUGGCGAUUGAUCGAUACUGGGCGUCACUGGAAAUUGCAUGGAGCAUAGGCAAGAUAGCAUCGACUGUUGGAUUGGUAGACAUAGGGUGUCUCCGCCACUGGUCCCGAUAUCGGUUUCCACUGUCUGAAGUUCUUGCUUGGAUCUCGCUGGUAGUACCAUAGCACAACCUGCCAUGUGUAGGUCGUUUCGACCUGGUCACAACUAAGAUUACGGUCACGAAAAGGGCGGCACCACCCAGAAAGCCGGGAUGUAUUGAAAUAAGCACCUGAGGAUUAUUGCACAUGGCACGCGACGACGAUGCAGGCUACCAAUAAGAGCGCGUUUGCC